CAGACUGACAGACAAAGAGGAACCCCAGCAACAUCUCCAUCUCUAUUCCUCACCCUCUCAUAACUCCCUGUUUUUCUCCCUCACUUCCUCACCCCUCCUUCACCUCACACAAUAGACUUCCCCUCCGAGCGGCGGCCUGAAGGGAAAAGUAGGGGGGAUACAGUUUCUGUGCAACAAUGGAAAUUCAAUCAGGAAAUGGAGAGGAGGUGGCGAGCACAGUGUCGGCGACCUCGGGCUUCGUUUCCCGUCGUCCCUCUGGGCUGCAGGUAGAGGCAUCAGACAGUCCAGUGCUCAGAGAGGACCUGCAGGCUGCUAAGAGGAUUGAAAGGUUUGCCAUCCCACUUGAUAGUCUUAAGAGGAUGUUUGAGAAGCCUGCUGUGGCAAAUACGGUAAGUACUGCCACUGAAGUGACAAGCGUCCACACCUCCCCAUCCAAAAGAGCGAUGUCCAGUAGCAGUCUCACGCAGGCUGACGAGACGGCAGAUCAGAGCAUGGCCUCACCUCCGCACGCCGCUCUCUCUGCAGGCAGCCCAGGUAGAUCCAGGUCAGGACUUCCCGAGGACAGGGCCCUGAGCGCCGAGGACCCGGAGGCCGAGCCGGUGUCGGUGAAAGAGCGGCUGGCGAUGUAUCAGGCUGCCGUGUCCAAGAAAGAAACCAGCAGUUCCUCCUCUGCGGCGAUGAUGGAUGAGUCGGAGGCGUGUUCGCUGCCUGGUGGCCUGGCCAGCGUGAAGAGACAGUUUGAGAACCAGGAGUUUACCUCCUCGUCCUCCCAGUCCAGCGUCACCCAGAUUCAUUUCCAACAGAAAUCUGUCCAGGAAGUGUCAAGCUCCUCGCAGGUGACGGUGAGAAGCAGUGCCAGGGAGGUCGUCCCCUCCACAGCCCUCCUUCACAGUCAACAAGAGGUGGUCCACGAUCAGAGAGUCCACCAUAACAAUGUGGCUGGCAGUUACGGGAACCAUUACAAUGAAACAGUUAUGCUCGUCGGAGGAGAGGACCUACCAAAGGUUUCCACUCAGGCUUUGAAGCAGCAGUAUGAAAAAACGAUUGAGGAAGCUGCACCAACCAAGGAAAUUAAGGUUGAUGUGGAUGUCAGCCAGUUUCAAUGGGUACCAAUAAACCAGUCCUCCAAAGCUUCAGCAAUGACGAGCUACGACACUUCCUCCACGGUAAAGACUGCCUCUGCCUCAUCAGUAACGUCCGCCUCGUCGGCGGCUUAUGAGGCGGCAGAUCACUUCCCUCCCCCGCCCUCAAACCUGGUGCAGGUGUCGCAGGAAGUCCCCGAGUACGAGUACACUUCCCAGGUUCAGGAGUCAACCUCCCAGAGUAAGUGCGCCGUCAACAAGGAACAAUAUUUUAAACACAAGAGCAUGGCUGAGCUGAAGCGCCUCUACAAGCACAUUCAUCCGGAGGUCCGCAAGAACCUCGAGGCCGACUUCUUGAGUCAGCUCACCGACGCGGAAAAGAAAGACCUGGAGAGCGAAGAAAUGAUGGGCGACGUCCAGCAGGCGCGCUACAUUUUCGAAAACGACGGCAACGGCUCGAGUAGGUGCUCGAGCCCCGACGGAGAGUACGUGGAGUGGGAGGAGAUCCUGAAAGGCGAAGUGCAGUCUAUGCGGUGGAUGUUCGAAAACAAGCCGCUAGACACGAUCAAAGAUGACACGCCAGAUGAGGAUGAGGUGAGGAAUAUCGCCCAGCAGGAAAUCAUUGCUGGUAAAGAUGUCAGAUACACAGCUUGGAUGUUCGAGACUCAGCCCAUGGAUGCUCUCGGGACAGAGACUCCUAAUUCAGCUGAGCAGUCACAAAAAUCGAUAGAUCUCGCAAGAGGAGAUGUCCGCACCGCUACGUGGCUUUUUGAGACGCAGCCACUCGAUUAUUUGAACAAGAUCUACCAAGAGGACGAGCAGGAGACGGACGCCGUCGUCUCCAGAGACAUCACCGGAGGAGAUGUCAAAACCGCCAGGUAUCUCUUUGAGACCCAGCAUCUGGAUUCCCUCGGCAAAACAGAAACCAUCGAGGAGAGCCACUUCCUGAACCUGAAGUCGGAGCUGGAGGAGAUCAAGGGGGAUGUGAAGACGACCACUCGCAUGUUUGAGACCCAGCCCAUGUGUGUCAUCAGGGGGGAUUCGGGAGAGAUCCUGCAGAUCACCACCAUCCGCAGAGAGGAGACCGAGGAGAAAGGAGACGUGAAGACGUCACGGUGGAUGUUUGAAACCCAGCCCCUGGAUAUGAUCAACAAAGACCCUGCUCAGGUAAAGCUGAUAUGUGGUAUUUCAAUGGAGGACAACAUUCAAGGCGGCGUGAACAAAGGCAGAUGGCUUUUCGAGACAAAGACUCUUGACACCAUUAAGGACGAGGAAUGGGAGAGUUCCAGGAACCAAAGGGAGGAAAUAAUUGGAGCUGAUGUAAGGAAACACUGUUUGAUUUUCGAGACGCAGCCGAUGGAUACUCUGAAAGACAACGCCAAUGCUCAAAAUUUACCCUGCGAGGAGAUUGUUGGCGGCGAUGUUCAGUCGGCAAAACAUCUGUUUGAAACGGUACCCAUGGAGAACCUGAAAGAACUGCUUGAAGUGGGAAAACUGACGAAAAUGGUUGCAUCCGAGGAAGAAAAGGGCGACGUGAGGCAUCAGAAGUGGGUCUUUGAAAGCCAGCCGCUGGAGAACAUAAGGGAGGAGAAGAAGGAGAUUACAAGGACUGUGAACAUCGAAGCUCUCGACAAAGGAGACGUGACAAACUAUAAAGAAAGGUUUGAAACUAUGGAUUUAAGCAAGUGUGAAGGCGCACAAAAAAUCCAAGUUGAAGGUGUCACGAGCGGAUCCGUCAAAUCCAACAGAGUUCUUUUCGAAUCUACCCCGAUGUAUGCCGUGCAGGACAGCGCCGGCCAUUACCACGAGGUGAAGACCGUGAGGCGGGAGGAGAUCGUGAAGGGCGACGUGCGCAGCUGCAGGUGGAUGUUUGAGACGCGUCCUAUUGACGAGUUCGACGACAGCAUCAAUAAGUUUCAGAUCAUCAAAGGUAUAUCCAAACAGGAGAUCGAGUCCGGGGACGUCAAAACGGCCAAGUGGUUGUUUGAAACGCAGCCGCUCGAUGCCAUUAAAUGUUUCAGCAAUUGUGAAGAUGAAGAACGUAAAACUGAGGAGGGUGUCGAAAUAGAAAAGGGAGACGUGAAGACUUGCAGGUGGCUGUUUGAGACUCAGCCGAUGGAUGUCCUGUAUGAAAAGGUGGAGAAGAGCGAGACUGACGUCGAGGAAGUGCAGAAAGGUGACGUCAAAACGUGCACGUGGCUCUUCGAGACCCAGACGCUCGACAACAUACGUGAUCACACCGAGUCUGAGUCGGAGACCAUUCUGAAGACCUGCACCGUAAACCAAGAAGACAUCCAGGGAAAAGACGUGCGACUGGCUCGCUUCCUCUUUGAAACGGAGAAUCUCGAAAACAUCACGGGAGAUGACGGCAGCUCUUUCCGGAGGGUCACCGAAAUCGACGUCCAGUCGGGCGACGUUUCGAGGAUGAAGUACAUCUUCGAGAAUCGCUCCUCGGACAUCAUGACCUCCACCUCUGAGGAAAUGAUGCAGAGGCUGAAGACGCAGCAGGCCGAGGACAUCCAGAAGGGAAACGUCGGCAACUGCACCUGGAUGUUUGAGAACCAGCCGAUUGAUGCGAUCCGGGAUGACGUCACAGAGGCGAGGGAAACCCGCACCGUGACCGACGUUCAGGGGGGUGACGUUGACAAAGGCCGAUUCAUCUUUGAGACGUUCUCUCUGGAUCAGAUCAAAGAGGAAUCCUCUGAGACUGAUAUUUCAAAACUCACAAGUAUCUUCCGAGAUGAAGUGGAAAGGGGAGAUGUGAAAAAUUACACCAUGAUGUUUGAAACUCAGCCGCUGUACGCCAUCCGUGACAAGGAGGGCCAUUAUCAUGAAGUGACUACAGUCACCAAAGAAGAAGUCAUGAGGGGAGAUGUGGUGGGGGCCCGAUGGCUGUUUGAAACAAAGCCGCUGGAUUCAAUUAGAGACUCAGAGGAGGUCUAUGUUAUUAAAGCUGUGACUGAGGAAGGCGUCAACAAAGGAGACGUAAGCUCUGCCAGAUGGAAGUUUGAAACGCAACCUUUGGAUGAAAUUACAGAAGAAAUAAAAGAGAGAUCAAAAACAGUCGCCGAUAUCCAAGGCGGUGACGUGAAGACGAACAAGCAGCGGUUUGAAACCGAUGAGAUGACUCAAAAGUACAUCAGGACCGUCAGCGUGAGCGAGAUCCAAAAGGGCGAUGUCAGAUCCGCCACUUGGAUGUUUGAAACCCGCACCAUUGAUGAGAUCCACGGAGAAGGCGCCGAGUACGACGGCAUGGAGAGAGUGACAAAGGAGGAAGUAAUGAAAGGGGAUGUCAAACAGUCAGUGUGGCUCUUUGAGAAACAGCCCCUCGACAGCAUCAAAGAGACGGAUGACACGGAGCUCGUUGUGACAAAGGAGGAGAUUCCACAGGCCGACGUGAAGUCGACGACGUGGCUAUUUGAAAGCACCCCGUUCCACGAGUUCAACGAGAGCAGCAUGGAAAAGACGGAAAUAAUAGGCAAAAGUAUCAAAGAGACGCUUGAGGAGCUUUACUGUCAGAAAAUGGUGGACUCGCAAGGGAUCCUCAUCGAGACGGAUGAGAUCGGUGACGUCCGCAUGGCGAAGUAUAAACUCAUGAACCAGGAGGCUCCUGAGAUCCAGAAAGAAGAGAUCAUCAGAGGGGAUCUGAGCAACAUAAUGAUGAACCUCCUGAACCGCAGGGAGGCCACGGAGAGAGGGAUAACCAUCGACCAGGAGGAGCGGGGCAACAUCAAUACCACCGUGAAGCAGUUAUUCAACCAGGAGAAGGGAAUCAAUGUCGAAAAAGAGGAAAUUAUCCGCGGUGACAUUCAAGAGGCUAUAAACAAUCUGCUCAAGGAUGAGGGCUCCUCCAAGCGUGGCAUUCUGAUUCAAGAGGACGAGAAAGGAGACGUGAGGAUGACGAUCUACUCCCUCUUAAAUAAAGGUGAGAGGACUAGUCUGGAGAGAGAGGACAUCAUCCAAGGGAACGUCAGCAGGACUCUUCACCGUCUUCUCUCCAACUCGGGCGGAGAGGACUCUAGAAGGAUAAAGGUGGGAGACACGGAGAGGGGUAAUGUCAGCUUUUACUCCACGUGCAUCGAGUCCGGCGCCUUGGACUACCUGAGACAGCUUCAGAGCGAAUCUGACGAAGUCGAGGAAAAGGCGGAGAAGGAGCACAUCAUCGGAGGCGACAUCGAAGAGACCAAGAUCUUGUUGCGGAGGAAUCAGCAGCAGAUUGGUCGCACCGUGGCGGAGGAAGAUAUAGUUCCCGGUGACGUAUACAGCACUGUUAAAGUCUUCAUGACGGAGCCGGCUGUCAGCUACCGAAACCUGGAGUCAAAGGAUAUUGUUAAAGGUGACCUCAGCGCGGCCAUGGACUCGCUGACCCAAGCUAUCAAUCAGAAAGUGGUAAUGGAGAAAGAGGAGGUGGUGAAGGGAAACAUAAACACCACGCUGAGGUCUCUGGAGGAGGCCCAGCAUCAAGCCAAAGAAAUGGAAAAGCCGGAAAUCGUCAAGGGAGACAUCAGAGGUGCUCUCGAGUCACUGGAGAAAUCUGCAACCACUAAAACAGAAGUGACUGUCGAAGAUUUAGUGCCAGGAGACAUCAAAGGGACCCUGAAGUCCCUGGAGGAGGCGACGCAAACUGUGAAAGAAGUGGAAAAAGAGGAGGUCGUCAAGGGAGACAUCCACACCGCCAUGCUGAGUUUACACGAGGCGUCGAGCGAGAAAAAGAUUUACCAGCAUCAAGUGAGCGAACAAGGUGACGUUAAAGCCACGAUCCAGCUCUUGAUGGAGCCGACGGCGGCUUCGAAGAUGCAGCGCAGGGGAAGCAUCGAAGGAGACGUGAAGACGUCCAUAAAGUGUCUGUACGAAGGGCAGGAGUCGACACAGACGGAAAAAGAGGAGGUGGUAAAAGGGGACGUUCAAGGGGCGAUCAAGUGUCUAAUGGAAAGAAAACAGUAUUCAAAACCGAAACGUAUGUACGCGGCCAAGAGUAAGCAAGCAAAAGUGCCCAUGAAAAAUCCAUUAACUGUAAAGCAAAGGGAGCAUGAACAGGCACAUGAAGCUAAGAGCGAGAGUGUAGCAGACACUCCAGCCCCCGCUGUGAAAAACCUUUCUCAGAGCAGUGAAUCACAGACGCACACACAGAGGCACAUUGAGAGCAAAUCAGUGAAAACACAGGUAAUAACCCAAGAGGGCCACUCUGUUACUGAAGCCAAAGCAGACAAUACUGCUGGGGCCUCUCAACAGAAGAGCAUAAAGGAAGAGAAACAGAAAGCUCAGCCCCCGCAGAAAAUACAAGCUCCUAAGCCUAUUAUGAUAAAGAAUAAACAAACGACUAAUAAUGAACAAACAGAGACUAAAGCAGCUGAUGUGAAUGUGAUGAAAGACGUGCAAAAGGCAUCACAGACGAGAAUAUCAAACAAGCAAAUAUGUGAAACCAAGACGAUCAAACAGGUGCAGACUACAGUGACGGAGAAAACUGUCACGCACAGGCAGAAUGUGACGGCGUCGGAGCAAACGUCGACGUCUCAAAAGCAAACGGAGAAUAAGGCUCUCGCACAAAAGCAGAGCGUCAGGAAUAUGAAGAGUGAUCACCGUAACCUUGAUGUGAAAGGGAAAGGUAUGAUCAAAAAGGCAAAACCGGAGAUCCACUUCCCCCCUCCUCCCUCUUCCCCACCUCCGCCCUCAGAGUCUGAGCUCUCCCUCCCUCCACCGCCGCCGCCGGUGCUGGAGAGCCCGGCAUUCCCCUCAUCGCGACCUUUCAACGCGAUGCAGGAUGGCGACCUCCCGCCCCCACCUCCGCCACCUCCGCCCCCCGUAGAAUGCAUAAAGUCUGAGCCUGAAUUCUUCCCCCCUCCUCCUCCUCCUCCACCUCCUCCGUCUGCACCCUCUGCAAGCGGACAGGAUUUUCUCCCUCCACCUCCCUCGCUGCAAGAGCUGAGUGCGAUGCCUCAGCCUCCCCCUGCAAAGCCGGGGAAACCCCUCGGCAGGCCUUUAUUCAAAGUGCCCAAGCAACCAGAAACGCAGAAGCCGGCCAUACAAGUGAAACCCAGAUGGCAGAAAAAGCAACCAACUCCUCCACCGCCUCCAGCUCCGGCUCCGGCUCCAGCUCCGGCUCCAGCUCCGGCUCCGGCUCCAGUUCAGCUCCCUGCUGGUCAGGAAACAUCAAUGUCAACAGACCACAAAGAAGAGGCUAAAGUUCAGGAGGUGAAAAAGGAAACGUGCAAACAGAUUGAAACGAGCAAACAGAUCCAGUCUGAAUCGGCAGCAACGAAAAUACCAAGCGCCCCGGCAGUGAAACCGAUGCAGAGAGAGACCAAAAGGUUCGUCCCACCCAUCAAACUGCCCCCAUCUCCUGACCCUGCGCCAACCCCAAACCCUAGACCUUACGCCCGCAAGUUUAAAACCCCUCUCAUGCUCGCAGAGGAACGGUAUCGCCAACAGAGGACGGAGAAAGAGGAAACGGAUCAGAGUAGAGUCACAACUCCCACUUCCCCACCGGUCAAUACCCCCUCCUCUGCCGCCAGUCCCGAGCUUUCUACAGCACACAGCGCCGAGAGAGAGGUGAUGACAGAAGUGACGAGGGCAAAGGUCGAAGAAGCCGAGAGCAUUUCCAAAGAGGAAACAUUGGCACAGCACCCACCUGCAAAGAAAACCCCUUCCCAGAUCCCUUUGAGCAAGCCCGUGAUCUCAGUGGUAAAUAAGAAAUUAGCCGCCGGAUCUUCAAAUGUGUCCGUGGAAAAAAUGCACUCCUCAGAAAAAACACUCGCCUCAGCUGAUGCUGUUAAAAAGAGUCAAACUGCACCCAAACAUCAGACCUCCUCUGUCUCUCAGUCUCACCAUGAGGCCUCACAUAUCCAAGUCCAGUCAUGCUCGAACGUGGUCACUUCCUCCACGGCGGAGCAGCAGCAGUUUAUUAAGAAAUCCAGCACCAGGUCUAUCACUGCCACACAGAGUGCUGUCCAGGAAAAUGUAAAUCUUCAAAGCCAGGCUGCGGUCACAUUGAAAGCUGAGGAUGUAAAGAAUAUUAAUGUGCCUCCGACACAGGAGGGAAAAAUGAGUCCUUCUCAACCCACUAAAAUUCCAAAGGUAACUCCGAGUUUCAAGGUGAAAACCUUUAAGAUGCCGACGGAGAAGAAAGAGGAAAAGUACGACAGCUCGGGACAAAAGGAUGUAAUGAAAAGUGAAAUGCAUUCACAGCAAGAGAAAAGUAGCGUGUCACGGACGAGCGAAACAAAUGUGAGUCAGGAAAACAUCCAGCUGACAUCAGCAAGAACUGAGAUGAAAACAGAAAUGAAAGUAAAGGAGAAGAAAAGUCAGGUGACCCCACCUGCGAAGGAAGUCGAGGUUCACACAAAAAAGGUGAAGCAGGUGCAAAAGAAGGAGGCUGAAGUGAAGCUGUCGCCGUCGGUUACGGUUUUAAUGCCUAAGGUGACCAAGAUAACAUCUGCAGCGACUCACCAAGGGCAAGGCCAUGUAUCUGUCACACACAGUCAGCAGAGCAUGAAGGCAGAGCACAUUCAGAGACACGAGGAGGCGGCGGCGGCGGUGGUGGUGACGGAGAGGCAAGAGGCCGUUCAGAUGCAGACGCAGCAAGUAAAGCAACGAGCAGCGGAAACAAAUAAAACACAGAUAAAGGUGGGGAAGGCGAGAGGUGAGACGAAAUGUGCGUCUGUGAAAGUGACGGGGAAAACGGGCCAGAAGGACGAGGCUCAUUCAGAAGAAAUCACAGAUUUAGAGAGAUGUAAUGCGAUGCAGAGGCUGCUCGCUCAAAUAAAAGAGCUGGAGGGCACGCCGAGCAAAAUAGACUCCAACACUGUCAGGAUGAUUAUAAGCGAGCUCCCUGAGUGGGUGACGGGCGCGGAUGAGAAGAAAAAUUUAAGCGAAAUAGCUAAACAGCAAAGUAAGAAAAAGUUGAAAGAGUUGAUGGCCUAUGUGAGGAAUAUUGUUCACACAAAGAUCACGUUCCUGGAGGAGAACUCGACAGCUGUGGAAAAGCAGGGAGAAGAAGAGAAAGAGGAACCGCCGGCGCCUCCGCCAGUUCUCCCGAAACCAGACAAGAGGGUUUUCAGCGGCGCGUCCGCCAAGAUGUUCGGCUUCUCCAAAACCGAGAAGAAAGUGGUGGAAGAGAAGAUGUCGCAUCAGGAGCUGAGGGAGGUGUCCUCUCCGUUGGCGAGCAUCCGUACCCCCUCACCCACCUUCAUCAGUAUUGAAUCGAGGAGGGUGGAUUCGCCGCGCAGAGUGACGCCGUCUCCUCCGCCUUACAAAUCCAUGGGGACGCCGCCGCCCCCUCCUCGCAAGUCGCACACGCCCACGUCCACCUUCAGCAGGGCCACGCCGUCUCCCACCAUGAGCCGCUCGGAGAAGCUGAUGAAGCUGAGGGACUCAACCUCCAAGCUCUCCGGCGGCGUCACCCCUCCUCCUCCUCCUCCUCCUCCUCCUCCCGCGCCGGUACCCGAGAGUUUGGCGGCUGAAAGAGAGCAACCGUCCCCGUUCAGCGACGGCGAGACUCUGGUGGAGCAGCACGAGCAGGGGUCAGUGGAUGUCGCAGAAGUGGGCGACUCCAUGAUGACCGUCAAGGACAAAAAGUCUUUCUUCGAGGAGGCGCAGAGGGCUGAGGUGAACAGGACGUACAUGCGGAGGGAUCCCAUCGAUAUCCCCGAACGUCUCGGGCCUGAGGCCGAGGAAGGCGCCGAGGUCGUGACCUUAGAUCUUCUGAAAGAGGAUCUGCCGAGGGUCGACCUGUCGAAGCUGGUGAACAGAUUCGAGUCUCCCAAACCAAAAGUGUACUCCAGGAAGGAGCCGAUUGUGAUCACAGAGAGGCUGGGGAGCGACACGGAGGAAGCAGAGGCCGACCCGCACGCUCAGAGGACCGACGAAAUCCCCAUGUUCAAAGUCAAAGCGAUAAAGGACGUGUUCGAGACGGGAGAGCAUAGUUCUCAGGCCGCCCGCGAGCUGAGAGAGCAGAUAGAACGAAGGGAGUCUGAGUCGGCCCACUCGGAGCCGGCGGGUCACUCCGAGACGACGCUGGUCACCGAGCAAUUCUGCAGCGUCGACGACUUUGGAAACGUGACCACGGAGACGAUGAGCGAGACGCGCUCGGGGAGCUCCCUGACCCGCGGUAACCCCCCGUCCUACGCCGACGUGGUGAGAGGCAGUGUCCCGACGGUGGCCGUGCCCCCCGAGGCCACCACCGAGGAACUGCUGAGGAGCUUCCAGCAGUCGUGGGCCGAGAGCCAGGGAGUUUUCCAGAACCUGGGCUUCAGCGUCACAGAGCAGAGGAGCUCGCAGAUCGUAACGCACCAGCACGAGACUGUCGUGACGGAAAAUUCGAAUUCCAGAGUGCGAACUGUGCAGGGUGUGUCGGAAGAGGGUGUACCCCAUGGAGUCGCUGAUCGCAGACAAACAAAACUUCCAUAAAAGCUGCUUUCGCUGUGAACACUGCAGAGGCAAACUAAGUCUUGGCAACUACGCCUCUCUCCAUGGACGGAUGUACUGCAAACCACACUUCAAGCAACUGUUCAAGUCCAAAGGAAAUUACGACGAGGG